AGAGAUUAGUGAAAGUAAAAUUUACCGACGAGGACAUACACACGAUAAAAAUCGAUGAAAAAAUUCAUGAUUAUUUCACUUACGCCUGGCGACUUUACCUUCCAGCUAACGAUUUUGAGGACCAACUAAAGAUUUUCCUACAAAUUCAUGAAAUAUUGAGGGUUUUCACACCUCCUGCACCUCCCGUUUCAAUAUUUAUCUCGAAGUUUCAAUGUUUGAAAUGGGUGUUUCCAGCCUUGCACUGAUAGGCCUUCCUCUGAAAUUUGUUAAUUCCCAUGAACCAUCCUUAUUCCUUGAACAUUUUAUGCGAAAGUAAGAUAGUUUCCUGCUAUCUUCAAGAAAAAAGGCAACAUACCGUUAGAAAAUUCGAUUUUAAAGAAGAGCUGAAAGUAGAGAUGAAAGUGGAGAGAAAAGUUGAGAUGAAGCUAGAAAACAAAGAUAUUGUUUUCUGUUGAACAAGAGCAUUGUUUAUAGUUUACUCGCUGCCCAUUGUAAAUAAUUAGUGAAUUAGUCGUUGUGGAGGAGAUUAGUCACGAUUCUGCUGAAUCCACUGUGAUGUCAUUUACGGCCGCAAGGAAUGAUGGGUGCGGCAUUCAAGGAUUGAUUAUGGCCAUAUUCUGGAAACGCGAAAUGAUGGCGAGGGUCUACGAAGCUAAUCGGAUCCCUCGAUGAGCCUUUCAUGUCUUCUUGGUAUGCAUGACAUUAUCUGGAAUAAUAGUAGUUCAGGCAGUUUCCGACAAAGGAACCAUGUCAGAGGUUUGGAGAGAGUUAGAAUGAGUACGGCCCGGUCGCCAGCCAGCUCAACUAUCACACCACAAAAUAUUGAUGAGUUUGCAAACGUGUUGAGGGUUAAAAAUCAAUCUUCUAACAAUCUUCAAUUUUUAUUUCGCUCAAACGGAUCAGAUAACUUUCCAGGACGGACAUCACAGAACGGUUUUCGUGCUGAUCAGUGGAGUGUACCAGACGGAUCUCAGCAAGAGGUUGAAGAAUCUGGCGGUACAGAAACAGAUUAUUCAGGCAUAUCAAAGAAGGAUAGCAAAGAGAAAGGAAUACAGGAGAUAAUGCCAUCAAAAAAGAAAAUUUGGAGCAAUGACAGUAGGGUGGAGAAAGAGCCAGAGAAGCCCAUGUUUUUCCAGCAUCAGUGGCAAGAAACCCCUUGGGCCAUUGAAGGAGAGACAGACAAAUCUGAGCAUGCAGUUUCUCAGCCAAUCAUGGUUAAGCAAAGAGGAAAUCAGGGUUUCAACCCCCCAGAGCAACAGUCUUCAGUUGUUUCUCCAAGAUCAGCAGAUGGGCUUGGGGUUUACGGAAUGGUUGAAUAUGUUCUUGCAUCAUCACCUGGUGGUGGGGAUUUGGAGGCAACAAUGAAGGGGAUGGACAUCAAUGGAACUUUGAGAGUGAAGUCUCCAUAUGAUGAUGCCGCUGAAGCCCAACCCACAGUUCUAGACAUUCAGAAAGAACAGGAAGCUGUAAAUUCCCACUCUGGUACACCAAUCCAAGAUGAAGAAUCACAGCUUGUCUUUAGCCGUACACCAGGGAGUCGCCAGGAGUCUCCAAAUCCAAAUUCACAGUCAUCACAGGAAGGGCCUAAAUCUAACGGAUAUGGUCAAGAUAUUCAAAUCAUGGGUAAAGUAGAAUCUGCAUCGGAGUCAUCAUUAGUGACAUCACCAGUUCAGCUUAUUACACAAGUCGAUCCAAGUGCCAUUGGUAUAGAAACCCUGCCAUUCAGUUAUGGUGAGUCACAGCUACAAGGAAACAACCCAGAAGGUAUAGUACGCAGUAUAGCCCAGCAGCAGCCACAAGUCAUUAUAGGUAAUGCACAGCAACAGCAGUAUGGGGUGGCAUUGGCUUCAAGUCCUUACUUUGUCACUAACCCACCACAAGACCCAUAUGGCAAUGGAAGCAUCUCAAUACUUAAUGCCAAUGGCCAGCCAGCUGUUAUACCAACUCAGUAUGCUCCAUAUGGAAUGCAACCAUGGGCAUAUGCCAAUGCUAGUGGAAAUGCAGCUUAUGUGCAACAACAGCCACAGCAGUUACAACAAAGUCAACUAAGGACGCAAUCAAAUGGUAAUCGUGCCACUGGGGAGCAGAUGAUUGGCCAACAGCUUAGCACUACACCAACAGGGUACCAGGUUAUUCCAGGCCCGCUUAGUAUUCCUGCAGGAGCAACAUUUUAUGACCAGCAAGGGAACCCAGUGAUAAUCAAUGGCCGAAUGGCGCAGCAGCUAACAAACCCACUAGGACAGCCAAUCAGAAUGGUCUCCCCUAUGGUGGUAAACAACUCAGGACAAACUGCUGUCAGUCCACAAAUGCAAAGCCAGUCACAAACAAUCCAGUUACUGAAUGCACAACAGCAACAACAAUCACAACAGUCUCAGCAAGCAAGGCAACAACAAGGUUCUUCUAUAAACCUUGGUUAUCUGUCAACAGGUAAUGUUGGUGCUCUCAGUGCAUUGAAUGGUGUCUCUAAUGUGCAGUUACCAAAUGGAGGCCCAGUUGGUGUUAUUGGUGGUCACUUGUCAACCUCCAUGCCUUCUUCUGUAGCUCCUCCAAUUGGUGGCAUCCAAGCACGAAGAGAUGCCUUUGGGCAGAUGGAGACAAUGAAGCAACAGAAUGUUACACAAGUAUACCCUGGAAUGGUUGGUUCUUACAACUCAUUAACAGUAAACACCCCAUUGGCUAAUAAUCUUAAUAUAAGUGACAGUAACACAUCACCAAUACAGAACCAGGCAUCGUUUAAUCUAGGCAGUCCUGUCAACAGUCGAUUCUCAGGCUAUAUGAGCCUGCUGACUGCACAAGCAGAUCGAAAGUACAGCAGCAGUGCCUCAAGUUUAGUUGGAGGAAGCAUCUUUGGUCCAUCUACAACUAGUAUUUACCGCAAGUCUGGCCGAGACAGUGGCAGAAGUAAACUGCUGGAAGAUUUCAGGAACAACCGCUACCCUAAUCUUCAGCUCCGUGAUUUAACAAAUCAUAUAGUUGAAUUCUCUCAGGAUCAACAUGGGUCAAGAUUCAUUCAGCAGAAACUUGAGCGUGCCUCUGUCAUGGAGAAAAAUCUUGUGUUCAAUGAAAUUUUGUCAGCUGCCUACAGCCUGAUGACAGAUGUUUUUGGUAACUAUGUGAUCCAGAAGUUCUUUGAAUUUGGAUCUCCAGAGCAGAAGAUGGCUUUGGCAAACAGAAUUCAAGGUCAUGUGCUGCAGUUAGCUUUGCAGAUGUAUGGUUGUAGAGUAAUCCAGAAGGCCUUGGAGUCCAUACCACAAAAUAAAGAUUUGGUGGCAGAGCUUGAUGGUCAUGUGUUGAAAUGUGUCAAGGACCAGAAUGGCAAUCAUGUUGUCCAGAAGUGCAUCGAAUGUGUUGAUGCUGCCCACCUUCAGUUUAUAAUUAAUGCAUUCAGGGGACAAGUGUUUGCUCUUUCAACUCACCCAUAUGGAUGUCGUGUCAUUCAGCGAAUUCUGGAGCAUUGCUCCCCUGAGCAAACCUCACCCAUCUUGUCUGAGCUGCAUGAAAAUACGGAACGCCUGGUCCAAGAUCAGUAUGGAAAUUAUGUGAUACAGCAUGUGUUGGAGCAUGGCAGCCCAGAUGAUAAGCUAACCAUCAUAGCUCUUGUGAGGGGCAAUGUUCUCCAGCUGAGUCAGCACAAAUUUGCUAGCAAUGUUGUUGAGAAAUGUGUCUCCCACGCAAGCCGUGCCGACAGAGCAGCCCUCAUUGACGAAGUUUGCAAUGACGCUAAUCCGGGUGCCUUAUAUGCAAUGAUGAAAGACCAAUUUGCAAACUACGUAGUCCAGAAGAUGAUUGAUGUCGCAGAGCCAUUGCAGAAGAAAAUGCUCAUUCUCAAAAUACGACCACACGAAGCGACCCUUCGUAAGUUUACUUAUGGAAAACACAUACUUGCUAAAUUGGAGAAGCUUGGAAAGUCAUUCUACUUGAAGCCAAAUGUUGACAUGGUAUUUCUGCCUCCCAACGGACACGUGCUAUGAGAAUAUGACAAAUUCAGAGGUGAAAAUUCUCAUUUUUUAGUAUAAAGCAUUUAUCAUUGGGUUUUUUUAAUCAUAUCUUACAUUUAUGUAGGCCACCACUACAGGCCUUUAUUUUAAUUUGUUUUAUUAUGUUGUGUUUCAAUUUAAAAUAUCGUUGUUACCUAGGCCUAGCAUGACAGAUAUUCACGAAAUUUGAUUUGUCUUUCACGUUUUUAUUGUAAAUGAUGGCCAUUUCUUUUCAAGCCAGUUACUUUUAGAUAUAUUGCACAGGAUGUAUAUUCUGAAAUUGUGACAAAGUAUCGUUUUUCAAAUAAUUUUGAAAGGGAAUUAAAGACGUCUUUCCCUGAGUUGAUAUUUGUGAUUACAAAAUUUAUGUACUUGUCUGAAUUAACUUCAAGGACAAAAUUUGGCCUUGAAGUUAAUUCAGGCACUCAUGAUUAUUCAAGCUUUAUAUCAAUUUAACAAUCGUGUAAUUUUUGCAUUAUAUUUAUAUUCUUGUUCAUUAUUCAAAACCAAUCGUGUCUCUUAUGAUAGUCUCACUUCAGUAAGUCGUUUUUUAAGGUGUGCAUUUAAAGUGUGAUUGUAAUAUUUUGUAGUUGAUUCUCAUUGUAGAAAAUUUUGAGUUAGAAAUGAAGCUUUGGCUUUUGUUGAUUACAGGACUAAAAUUUCUUGGUUUAGAUUUUAACAUUUUUAUGUAAGCUAGGGAUAUUGUAAACUGCAGCAAGCCAGGAGAUGUGAAUUCCCGACCAACCUUGGGCAGAAUUUUGUUUUCAAUUUCAGGCUAAUUGUUUUCUGUGAGUUGCUUUUCCUCUAUUGCCAACGAGCUUACUAGUUUCGUUUGCCAAAAACUCCCAGUUUUAAAUGACAAGCUUGGCCUUCUGCAUUUUAUGAUUUUAUUAUUUUAGUUAUAUCUUGUGUUCAUAGCAUGCUCAUUCAUAUAUUUUGUGUCAUAUUUUGGACAUAUAAUCGUAUAGAAGCAUUUAACUGCCUUUCGUGAAUCCGGCAUUUGAAUCGCUCUGCAUAAUAAUAAUUAUUUUUUUGUCAAUUAUUGUACAUUACUGUACAUUUGGGUUUUGCCCUCUUAUGUAAAUGCGAUAUGAAAACGAGGUCUGCCUAUCCGUUAUCCUGUACAGAAAUGGCUUGUGAUGUCAUCUUGAACAGGCACAAAAUCUAUGUAUAUUAUCUUGAAUUAUGACGUCGCCCGUUCUAAAACCGCCUCUUCGAAGUUCCUUGUACAUCUCAUUAUUUUCAAUUUUAUUACCUAGCAUUUUAUCAGAUUUAUACCCCUACCUCACAGUGGCUGCAAAUUUCAUAGAAAUAGGCUCUGAUAUGGAAUACAUAAUAAACCUUGGGCAACGGUCGAUGAGACGGUUUCAGAAUGUUUGAAGCUAUGUAUAUCAUCUUGUAAGGACUCGUUUGAAUUUUUGUACAAUGUAGAUCAUUUAAAUUGGCAUCAGAGCACCCAAAGCAUUUAAUGUCAUAAUGUAGAGUGUAGAAUAUAAUUCGUGCGACCAAUCCCUCCUUUUUCAUUUAAUAAUUUGCACUUAAUUGUACUUUCCCAUUUUUUUGAUCAACUCGCUUUAGUGUUCCUUUAAUGUAGAUAUUGAAAUUUGUAUUUAGAAUCGACAAAAAAUGCUGAUAAUAUUAUUAGCGUGGACCCUUGCAAUAAUACCUGAUGUUAUGAUAUAUGAAGAGAUGACUUCCCAACCUACCAAUUUAUAUAAAAACUUGUUAUCAUUUUUUGAUUACCUUAAAAUUUCCAAAGAGUUUGACAGGUUUAAGGGCUAUUCGUUAGAGCUUUUGUCCUUAAGCCUGAUAUCAGAACGCGGUUAUUUUCUUUGUUCCGACCCCCCCCCCCCCCCCAUUCCCCAUCGAAAGACCAGGACCGUGUACUUAUCACUCCAUGAGAAUCUCUUUCCCCUUUGCUUGAAGUCCCAUUAUUUAUCUGAAAAUCCUUGAAAUGCUUUACCUUUCGUGGAAAUUCUGUACGCUAUUUCCAAGAGUGAAUUGCACCCAUACCCAGAGAUCUAGCUACCAUUGAGCCACGGGAGGCGCAAGAAAAGGACCUUUGUCAGCAGAUGUGUGAUUUUACGCCGGUUUAUUAAGAUUGAAACCAGCUAAGCUGCAUUGCAUUGCUCACUCGAAGCAACGCUUGCCUUUGUGAUUCAGUGACUAAUGGGUCCAGUGAUAGGAGUGUUUUGUUGAUAUGUCCAGUGGUUAACUAAUGCGAUAAGUUGAUUAAAGAAAUGAUUUUGAUUGUAACCAGAACAACACUUCUUUAGUAUAUUUCAUUUGUAUAGGGUAGGUGUCGUGUGUGUACAUCAUGUAUAGACCUUAAAACCCAUUGUACUAAUAAAUUGCAUGUAUCAUGUCUGACCGAAUUACAAAUUUGUUGCAGAAUAA